GAUUACUUAUCGGUUUACGCCAUAUAUUUGCUUAAAACCACGCUUUUAAUGCUCCAGGCUCUUCUGAAAUACUCUCAGUUUUUGGUGUGUGUGUUUCUGCAGACACACCCUCUGAAGUGAAGGAUGAGAAACCGAGCAUUUUCUCACUGUUUUUUCCUGUUAUCUGUUUUCCAAGGAUACGGAGCAGCCCCCGGAGGCAUGGCGCAGGAUCCAAUCUACGGAUACUUCACAGCUGUAGCUGGACAGGAUGGACAGAUCUCAGCAGACGAGCUGCAGCGCUGCCUCACACAGUCCGGCAUCGCUGGCUCCUACAAACCCUUCUCCCUGGAGACGUGCAGACUGAUGAUCACCAUGCUGGAUGUAUCCUUCCUCAGGCCUUUCUCACACCACACACUUUCCCUCAAUAGGAAAAAGCCCAUCAUGCAAUCCAUUUGACUUCCAUUGAGCUGC